AUGGCGACCGAAACCAAGCACUUCACCUCCACCUCUCCUCCCACCUUUACCUCCUCGCCUCUGCGCAACGACUCCGCCCCGAUCCGACACGACAAACCCAGCCUCCUCAGACGGUUCACUAACCGCCUCCAGCUCGCCUACUACCGCUACGAAGUCACCUAUGGCAUCUACGUCAUGACCCCCGAGGAGAAAUUCGUCGCCAACACCUUCCUGCUUGUGUUUAUCUCGCUGCUUCUCUGGGGCUUGUUUUUAUAUUUCCCGCCCUUGCUCUUCCAGAAACUGAGCCGGCUAGCGUGGAUUUUGACCGGGGCGGGCAUCGAUGGCGUGAGGGAGAGAGUGUCCGCGGAGUUGAAAUUGGUCAAUGGCAGUACUGGUACUGGUGCGGUUCCUUGUCCCGGCGGCCCUUGGAGUACUGGAGUCACCAUAGCCAUCUCUCCAACAGUUUCUCAUCAACUGCUACCGCGGUCUUGA